CAUGCAUAGGCCUAUGGUGUAAACAAUUGAGAAAUGACACAUUCAAGCGCAGAAUAAUCACUAAUACUCGCUGAUGAAAUGAACGCAGCAGCCCUUUUCUCUCGCGUGCAUGAGCGCGCGUGUGAUUGGCCGCUGAUCCCUGCGCGUUCACGCUCCAGUUGUGAGAUUUGCGCGCCGCCGCUCGCUGGACUGGAGGAGAGGAAAGCGAUAGUUGUCAUACCGAGGGGCAAAUAACUCACCGUUUCCAAUGAAUAACUGCCCCUCCGCCUCGACCGCCAGCUGACGGACUGCCCUGCGCGAACCCACGCGGACGAGGAGCGACACGCGCGCGAUUGUCAGUGUCCGGCUCCGGUCGAGGUAUGGCGCAGCCGGGCUCGUGUGGUCAGAGCAGUAAUGGAGUGGCUGAUGAAUCUCCCAACAUGCUGGUCUACAGGAAAAUGGAAGACAUCAUCGCUCGCAUGCAGGACGAAAAGAACGGGAUUCCCAUCCGGACCGUCAAGAGCUUUCUGUCCAAGAUUCCCAGUGUGUUUUCAGGCUCUGAUAUUGUCCAGUGGAUGCAGAAGAACCUGAACAUUGAAGAUCAAGUGGAGGCUCUUCAUCUGGGGACGCUGAUGGCCGCUCACGGUUAUUUCUUCCCUAUAUCAGACCACGUCCUCAUGCUGAAGGACGACGGAACCUUCUACCGGUUUCAGACUCCAUACUUCUGGCCGUCAAACUGCUGGGAGCCAGAAAACACUGACUAUGCCGUGUACCUCUGUAAACGAACCAUGCAAAAUAAAGCUCGUCUGGAGUUGGCCGAUUAUGAAGCUGAGAGUUUGGCGAGACUACAGCGAGCUUUUGCACGGAAAUGGGAGUUUAUAUUUAUGCAGGCAGAAGCACAAGCGAAAGUGGACAAGAAACGGGACAAGAUUGAGCGGAAGAUCCUGGACAGUCAGGAGCGGGCCUUCUGGGACGUUCACAGACCGGUGCCUGGCUGUGUGAACACAACUGAAGCCGACAUAAAGAAAUCCUCCCGGAUGAAGCAGCCGCACAAAACACGGAAGUCAGUGUACGGCUUACAGAACGACAUCCGCAGCCACAGUCCGACUCACACGGCCACACCGGAGGUCAAAGAGCCCACAGAGGACGAGCUGCGGAACCAGAUACAGUACUGGCAGACGCAGAUCGACAGACAUCGGUUAAAAAUGUCCAAAGUUGCAGAGAGUUUGUUGAGUUACUCAGAACAGUAUAUGGAGUACGAUCCGUUCUUCACGUCACCAGAACCGUCGAACCCCUGGAUCACUGAUGACAUCACUUCCUGGGAGCUGGAGGCCAGUAAGGAGCCCGGGCAGCAGCGGGUGAAGCGCUGGGGAUUCGGAUUCAACGAGGUUCUGAAGGAUCCGGUCGGGAGAGAGCAGUUCCUGAAGUUCCUAGAGUCUGAGUUCAGCUCAGAGAACCUGAGGUUUUGGCUGUCGGUUCAGGAGCUGAAGAAGCGUCCCAUCCGUGAGGUUCCCAGCAGGGUGCAGGAGAUCUGGGAGGAGUUUCUCGCCCCUGGAGCUCCGAGUGCCAUCAACGUCGACUCCAAGAGCUACGACAAAACCACGCAGAACGUCAAAGAUCCCGGCCGAUACGCUUUCGAAGACGCUCAGGAGCACAUCUAUAAGCUCAUGAAGAGCGACUCCUACAGCCGGUUCAUCAGAUCCAGUGCCUACCAGGAGCUGCUGCAGGCCAAGAAAAAGAAAAGCAAGAAUCUUUUCUAGGAUCUGAAUCCCAGCUGUCACCGAACGAGGCGCUUGCAUAAUCACUCUGACGUCACGUUCCGCUCCUGCUGGGAAUUAUGGGAGCAGCUCAUCUGUACAUUACUGUAUCUACGGCUCAUCAUCCCGGACCUUUUCCUUCCAGCUUCGUUUCAUUCCCUCCAUCAUGUGAGACUUUUUCAAGGACUUGAAUUUAAGAAAAGCCAUUAAUCAUCAACGACCCCGAGAGUAUCGAACUCAAACUCUCGUUCUUUCAUUGUACGGAAGCGCGUUUAUUCCACUUGAUUUGCCUUUUGUCCUCUGGAACGAGCGCUUGCAUUUAUUUUUAUACUGUUCAUUUGUUUUCUGUACGGUUUGUUUUGUAAAUGUGCGUACAGAUCCUGGAGAAGGUUUAUGAUGGAGCAGAAGAGCUGAUGAUGAUGAUGAUGUUCAUCUUCCUCCUGCAGGAGUGAAAAACAGUCACUGGCGUUAGUUACAGAUGAAUGUGUUUGUUGAGUGAUGACGUAUGGAUGGUCACAUGACGUAUGGAUGGUCACAUGUUCAAGAUGUACAGUGUAGAUUUGAAUGGAUGGUAAUAAUAAAGUUUGGACUACUUUAAUGCCCAUAACUGACCAUAUAAACAUUACCAUCCAUAUGUUAAAGGGGCUAUAUGUAGAAUUCAGAAACCCUUGUUAUUAGUGACACCGGUGGCCGUUAAAUGAACUGCAGCCAGCAUCUUUCUGCUCGUGCGUACGCCUACAAGAGAAUGUGAUUUAAUGACAAAUGGCACAUUUUUUUUCAUUCCUCGCAAGUAAAAAGACUUGGAAAUAUCUUAAUUUGCAGCGAUAUACUGUUAACGAACAUCUCGACGCGAGAGCGAUGAAUAUGUAUGUAAAUAUGUAUUAAACGAAUAUGUAUUAAAUAUGUAAAUAUGUGCUGCGUGCUUUCCUCUCAACAACAAAAAUGACAGCAUCCGAUCGUAGUGAUGUGGAUGUCUGCGAUUCACCGACAGACGAGGUCAUUAAUUAUGAUAGUGUGAUUAGAAAGUAUAUUUAAGACAGUAGUUUGAAUUAAUCCCGUUUGUUUGCAUGACACAUUGACAUUACAGUACAGAAUGGCUCUUUUGGUAUUAUACCAAAAAUAAGUAUUCAUUUCAGGAGUCAUCGAGCGCAUUAGAGAGGCUCUCGGGAGCGCGCGGAACCGUUACACCGUUUUAAUUUUCCCGGUAAAAACGUCCCGAGUCCUUCACAGAGAAAUCAGGCUUUAAAUGACAGCCGAGGAAGUUCGGGAAUGUCUCUUUUUCAAGUUUCAUUUCAAGCUGUUCACACAUUGGCAAUAAAAGAGAUUUCGAUUCAUGAAAAUUCUUACAUAUAGCCACUUUAAUGUAAUUGAUGAUGUGAAACACGCUGAUGGUGAUGAUGAUGAUGGGAUGAAGGUUUGGCGUGUGAAAGCGCUCAGUUCAGUUUUAUUUCUUCUGUUUGGCUUUUGAGGAAAAUGACUGAGAUCCAAAGAUUAUCGGCGGAGAAUGAAAACUGUGUCCAGCUCAUCAUUUACACACUAUAGAUUCUAUGACUCUGUACAUAAUCCAACAAUUCAAUAAAUAAAGGGACUCGAGAGAUGUG